AUGCAGGUGAGGCCGAAUCCUCUCCCACGACCCUUCUCGGCUACUUACGGCUCGACCUUACUUAAAUCGACGCUCAUCGCUGAACCGACGCCCAGCGAUGAUCUGACGCCCAGCGAUGAACUGACGUCCAGCGAUGAACCGAUGCCCAUGGCUCGACCAUCUCGUAGAACUUCCGCUAUUAUAUCACGAAGCUGGCAAUACCCUCAUCCAUUGCACGAAGUAGGUGAUGGUAUACCCGGAACAAUUGUUGUUCGUGUGGGAAACAAUCGGCCGGACUUGGGAACGAAUCCAAUUUGCAAUCGUUUCACCGGUCCCCUCGAAGAAGGGCAACCUCUUUUUUUACCCUGUAAUCCGCCUAUGCCUGGAACUUUCGUUUCCGUACACUUGGAAGCAAAUACACCGGCACUAGUUCCAGUGCAACUUUCAUUGUGCGAGUCCUUCGUGUACACUGAUCAGGCUCUUCCCAUCGAGAGGUGUCCACAAUUUAGAGAUCAGCCACCAGGUUCGACAGCAACCUACAAUGGAAAAUGUUACAUAUUCUACAAUCGCCAACCGAUGAUAUUCCGAGAAGCAUUGGCACUCUGUCGUGCACGAGGUGGUACUUUAGUGGAUGAAAGUAAUCCUGCGUUACAAGGGUUUAUUUCGUGGGAACUAUGGAGGAGGCACAGGAGUGAUACUUCGAGUCAAUAUUGGAUAGGUGCAGUAAGAGAUCAAAAGGAUCGUACGGUUAGGAGGUGGACAGGAAGCGGCGACGAAGUUUCUGUUUCUUUCUGGAGUCUACCUCAAGGCAGCGAAGAAGACUGCGCCCGAUAUGAUGGUAGUAGAGGAUGGCUUUGGUCUGAUACUCCUUGCACAGCUCGAUUAAAUUUCAUCUGUCAACACCAACCACGAGCGUGUGGUCGACCAGAACAGCCUCCGAAUUCCACGAUGACGGUGACCACAACAACAGAUCGGAAUUCCGGAAGCGCAUAUGAAGUUGGCGCGACGGUGGAUUACACUUGUAACGCCGGCAGCCUUCUUAUAGGACCGUCGACUCGUACAUGCCUCGAUACUGGCUUCUACAACGAGUUUCCACCGGUGUGCAAAAGCAUCGAGUGCGGUUAUCCAGCGAACAUAAAACACGGAGGUUACACACUUAUCAACAAUACCGUUAGUUAUCUCAGUCAGGUGCUUUAUUCCUGCGAUGAAGGAUACGAGAUGACUGGUCGUGCAAGACUGACAUGCGAUAUCGAUGAGCGCUGGAACGGACCGCCACCACGUUGCGAGCCAAUUCUGUGCGAUCCUCCUGCUCCUGUUCCACAUAGUUAUAUUCAAAUCGAUGAAGUCGACGAGACCGAGACAGUACCAUCGAAAACGAACUUCAGUCGAAGUCUUCUCGUAGGCAGUAUCGUUACAUAUACUUGCGAGAAGGGUUAUAGACUUUCUGGCUUCCGACAAAUAUUAUGCUUGCCUACUGGCUUAUAUGAUCAUGUCGCACCCACUUGUACGGAAGAACCACGUACCACCGUGACUGUGUCUUCCCGAACAACCGUGCGACCAACGACCAGCAGAACCCGACACACAUUCCUACCACCUCGAGUUCGAACCACAACAAUCUCGACGACCACAACCACAACCACCUCUGUGCCACCACGAAGAGUGGCUAGCACCGCCGAAUUACCCGCGACGGUUCGGGAAACCAUAGCAAGGAAACCAAAUAUUGGUCUUCAGAGACCAGCACCGCCUCCGUCGCCACCUUUGAACGACGACACCAACGAUCAUCCUCAGGACAAUGAAAUUUCUGGCAGUGGAGUGGACAAUGCUCAGGCUGGCAUUGGAACUGGUGUUCCUGAACCUUCUGGACCUUUCAGGGUGGACAACGCCGACCAGUCGAGUAACACUCAUCAAGCAAAAUUAAAUCUAGACGCGGUGAUCGCCUUGGGUGUCUUCGGUGGUUUCGUAUUCCUUGCUGCUGUAAUCACCACCGUUGUAAUACUCAUACGCAGGUAAAAGCAAAUCACUCACCUAAAUCCGCGAAUCGCGUGUAGAAUGAUGGCAUUAUCGAGUUGUUGUCGGUUCUUUUGAUUUCUGUGAUUUGGUUGCACCAAAAGUAACGCCUGUUUUGUGAUGUCAGAUUAUAUUCAUCUUUGUUUUUAUUUGUUUGUUACGUUUUGCUCGUUUUCUAGCGCGUUGUUUAUUCGUUUCUCAUUCGUUGCUGAGAGCAAUUUGAGGAUUAUUUUAUUAUGAGUAAGGAU